AAGCAAAUCAUGUAUUUUCUGUAUUCGAACAAAAUUAGUCGGCCUUCAAUAUGCAUCGAUCUAUAGGUUGCUAAAAGGACACUAGCAACAGAGCAUGGCUGUUUCCAGAUGGACAGCGAAGAGAAAAGGCAUGCCUUGCGAUUUGCGCGAGACCCAAAGGCAGUUAAUAAAAUCGUAUGUUAUGGAAAGAAAUCAUCCUACAAAGAUAUAGUAUGCUGUCUAGGCCAUGUCGCUGGCUCCUUCAAUUCACGGCCAUAAGCACGUCAAAUCUGCUUUGGCAUUGGCCUUGUUUGGUGGCUGUUCAAAAAAUGUUGACGGUAAACAUCGUAUUCGCGGUGAUGUGUCUACCUGAGUCGAUAGAAUUAUUGUGUUUGUAAUAAUAUGGAUCUGUGAUCACAUACCGUCGCUUUGUGUAGGUUAACGUAAUGCUUCUUGGCGAUCCAGGUUGUGCAAAGCACCCAGGCUGUGCAAUAUAUAUAUUACAGUAGCAAAGUGAUGUUGGACUGCAGGUCACAACUUCUCAAAUACUGUUGUUCCCUGAUUUCACGCGCAAUUUACACCACUGGCAAGGGUGCAUCUGCAGUGGGACUAACUGCGGGUGUGCACAAGGAUCCAAUCACCAGAGAAUGGACACUUGAGGGUGGGGCACUAGUACUCGCAGACAAUGGGCUGUGUUUUACGGCGAAAGGGGCAUUCCUGGAUUUAAGAAAAAAUGAAGAAAGUUUACUAGGUGUUGUAUUGACGAGUUUGACAAAAUGAACGAACAGGAUCGUACAUCGAUCCAUGAAGCCAUGGAGCAGCAAUCCAUAUCGGUUUCUAAGGUGAAAAUAGCUGAUUUGAAUAGGAAUUUUUGCGUUUAAGGCGCCUUGUGCUAUAGGCAGGCAUUGUGACGUCACUUCACGCUCGAUGUUCGGUCGUAGCAGCUGCUAAUCCAAUAGGAGGACAGUAAUAUUCCUUCGUUGAGUGCUCUGCUGCGGACAUGAUAGUUGCACGUCUGUCGUGUAUCUUAGGUAUGAUUCAGGUGCAACGUUUGCAGACAAUGUUGAACUCACUGUAAAAUUCUGUGUCGAAUGUAGCUUUCUUCUACUGUGGUGUUAUCCUCUCAACUCAGGAUCCGAUUCUUCAACGUUUCGAUGUUCUCUGUGUGCUUCAAGACAUAGUUGACCCGUGACAUAGCUUGUGUUUGAUGCGUCCUUCUUCUGCAUUAUCAUUCCUAGGCUCAUGGAUGAACAAUUGGCUUCCCAUGUUAUUGGCUCUCAUCGUCAUGCUGAAUGCCUUCUAGACAAAAUAAAUAGUGUGAGCCUGCAAAAUCAGAUGCGUUUGGAAAAGUCAGUGCUCCAGACAUCUGUGGCUGGCCAGUCACUUGCACAAGAUUUUUUACGCAAAUACUUGACUCACGCACGGGGCUCUUGUGAGCCUCGCUUGCACUCGAUUGACCAGGAUAAGAUAUCGCACCUCUACGCCGAUCUGCGCCGUGAAUCUGCCACUUGUGGUGGCGUGCCCAUUGCAGUUCGGCAUCUUGAGUCUCUCAUGCGCAUGGCGGAGGCACAUGUGCGUGUGUGGGGUCUCUAGUCACUCAUCUCGAAUGACGCGCAGGCAAAGAUGUCUCUUCGAGAACAUGUUCGAGAUGAUGACGUUGAUGCCGCAAUAUCAGUCCUCCUCACUUCGUUUAUAAAUGCACAGAAAUUCUCAGUCCGCAAGUCCCUGGAACGUGGAUUUCGCAAAUAUCUCACUCGUGCUGGUGAUUUAUUCCAUUUGCUUCUCCAUGCUCUCCGCUCUCUUUUGCGAGAAGCUCAAACUUAUGCCGCGUUGAAGGCCCAGCAACGCGGGACACCUUCUAGUCGCAUGGUGUUAAAAGUGCUGAUUGAAGAUUUUGAAGCAAAAGCACGCGAACUAAACUAUGCCGGAAAUCUGGACGAGUGUCUGGCAGAGUUCAGCUUGUAGUUCUUAAGAAGAUCGCAUUACUUACAUUGAUAUAGGUUCUAUGGCUCUGAUAUUUUCAUUGAGCAGGGCUUUCGGUUUGAUGAAGAGCAUCUCUACAUACUGUGGUUUCCCUCGGGCUAACGAUUUCGUUUUGGGUAGUGGCCUUUUUACACCAUUUUCGAGCAUCCAGAGGUCAUCACGACCUGUAUUCGCUACGCUCACAGGUCAUCACGACCUCUAAGCUCGAAACAGGCGCAAAAAAAGCCCAACCGAAAAAAAUUCAGCAUUGACCUUAAUUAAUUAAGUAAUCAUGCCAGUGAUAUCAAAAAGAAAAUUUGAAAACUGAACGAGCAAAGCGGCGAAGUUCGGUUCCGACUUAAGCCCUCUUACAUGCCGUCCAGGCAAAACCCAUACCGUCUCGACCGCCCGGGCCGGGCCGCCCACUGAAGGGCCCGGCACCCAAAGUGAGAGAAUACCGUAGCUCUUCCCCUUUCAUAGCUUAAACCCGCAAACUUGCUACGAACAUACUUAAGGUAAUGACUAAUAUUCACGCAAAACAGGGGCUGCAAACGGUAGGGGGGUUUGGGGUGCGCCGGCCGCGGGCAGGCCGCGGGCCGGACGGCGGAGACUCAAAGUUCCAAAUCGACGUCGUCGUCGUCCGCAUCGUCGUCGUCCGCAUCGUCGUCGUCCGCAUCGUCGUCGUCCGCAUCGUCGUCGUCCGCAUCGACUAUAACCCCGCGCCGGUCCCCGGGCCCGUGGUUUCUCGCAGGAGCGCCCUCGAAGCUCUCUAUUCGUCCGCGUCGACUUCGACGCGGCCGCCGCGGUGCAAUGAAUUCCAGCUUUUCGAGAGUGCUUGAAGUUGUCCGCGGGGCUCGGGGCAUACCCACCGUACUGUCCGCACCGUUUUUUUUGUGCAGUGGCAUGCCCACAUCACGUAUCGCACAUCAUGUGGUGGGAGAGCGAUUUGGCGCACCGCGAAAUGUUGUGCUGCCGCGCUUUUUCUUGGCGCACCGCCUCGGCCGAAUCCUUGAGCGGUCAGAAAUAGCUUGGGGCUGCCUAUGGGUGCGUUUAGGCCGCGCACGAGGCCAAAACAAAAUCACGUUUAAUCGAGAU